UUUCCAAAUGUUUUUCAAGAGAAUAAAACGAACUCAAGGUCAGUUUGCUGGUUUAUUUUUUCAUCCGCGAAUGGCGUUUGCUCAUUUAUUUAACCCAUAAAAUGAUUUAUGCGCUUAUGUCACGUUUACUGGUCUGUAUUUAAAAAAAACUGAUUAAGAACAGCUUGAAUUUAUUGUGGGAAUCGGUGCAGCCGAAAACGGAAGUAGAAAAGAGUGAGGCCUCUCGUUGCCGUUUGCCUCCUCUUUGGUGAUUGGUCAGAUGAUGAAUAUUCGUCAUCGUCACGUUGAUGACGUAGAAUCACUUCCUGGUUGCUCCACAAACCACAUGCGUGGUGUCUAAUCUUAUUUAUUUGUUUGUUUUGGAGCAGCUGCACGACAUUGGCGAGAUGUUUACAUCAUAUUAUCAUCAUGUGUUUACAGCGGAGCUUUAAUCAGAGACAAACCACACAUUCCGAGCGUCUUUUUCGUCACCAAGAGGAUCAGUCUCCUACUGUUUCUGGUCAAAGACCACCUGCACUAUUGUGAUCGCUGUAUUUGUCUUAGUUCCACAAUGACAGGAGAGCGAAAUUCUUUAAAUUGGACGCAGUCAAAUGCAAUUGUUGAAGCUUUAUCAGCAGAGUCGUGUCACAUUGUCCUGGAAACAUCUCCUCCAGACUAUGUGGAGAAGAUAUCGCGGUACCUCAAGUCUUCUGUGAGACAGAGCAGCCAGGAUAAAAUAUAUAAUGAGCCAGCUGAAGCAGAGAGUGACUCAGGAGACAGCCUGUUCAUAACUCAGAAAGCAGUGCCUGAGGCUGUGAGGUCAGGAAGGCGGCAUCGCUACAGCCUGAGGUCAAACCUAACAUCUCCUGGAGAUGUACAAGAAAGUGAAGAUGACACUUCAUCAUCCUCUUCCCAUAGAGAAUCCAAAACAGGCAAAACGAGGAAAAGAAAGAAAACCAAUCUGCCAAAGUACAGUUUCCCUUUCCUCACAGAGGGGAAGCGGAAGCCCAGGAGCACUCUGUUAUCUGUCCGGCAGAACGCAGCCCUUCAUAAUCAUACAAUGGGAGGCUUCUUUAAAUGUGUCCGAGAGCUGUGGCAGGGCUAUCAAAAAAGAGAAGAUUUGGCGUCAUCUCUGCCAACGGUUGACAUGGAGGGGGAGUACAUAUCUCCACUGUCAGAAGAAGAAGAAGAGAUGUCAGAAUUUGAGGACAUCAAAGUGGUGGAGAGGAGAUGUUUUGUUGCACCAUCCAAAACAAAGUGCUCACAACCUUGGUACACUCCAGAGAUGAGAGACAGCCAGGUAAAACAACAGAGGAGGAGGACAGGCAGACAAAAAAUGUCAGGAGGAAGACAAAAAAGGACGUUACAUAAAAUACCAGCUAAGGCGUUCAUAUCAAGGGCCACGCUAUUGUCUUCAGAUACAGAGAGCUCUGAUAGUGAAGAUCCUUCCGAUAGAGUUGUGGCUCAGAGGGAGACGAGUGAUAAACGUGUGACAAGUGACAGAAGUAUCCUGGCCCAGACUGAGACACCAACAACAAAGAGACGUCUUACCAGAGGAAAGAAAAAGAUUCUUUUUCAGGAAAAAGAAAGGGAGAAAGAGCUCUGUGACGAUAGUGAUGCUACACUUUGUGAGCUACUGGAGCCACAGGGACGUCCAGGGGAAGACACACUAAAGCUCAGAGAAGUAUCCCCAGAUGUAACAGAGCCCCGAGCUGAUGUUUUCCACACAGAUGAUUUGUCACAGACGGGACAGGCAGAGGACGAACCUGAAAGCCAAAGUCUUCUCCAGAGUCUCCCAGACUUUGUAAGUGACACUAAUAAUGAUAGGGUACAAAAUGAAACCAGGGUAGAGAAGAAGAAAAAAGCAAAACGAGAUCAUGAAGGUGUAGAAGAAGGAGAGGGCCAGAGUCAGGAGGAGCCAGAGGGUCUGCGUGCUACAGCAGCUGUGAACAUGGAGGCAGAGCAGGAGACUGAGGAUAACAGAGUGGAGCCUCCGGCACCACAGACCAGUGAUGAGCCGCAGCUUAAUGGAGAAAAUUGGACGGAGAACUUGUCACACGGUGAUGUCAUUCUGAGACAGGAGGAGAGGCACGUCCCCGAUUCAAAACAAAUGAAAAAGAAGAGAAAGAUGAAUAAGUCGGCAGCAGAUGACGUCAGACGGGAGGAGGAUGGAAACUUAGAAUCUGAGGUGAGACUGGAGACAUGUGACACUGUGAAUUACGGCAAGAAGAAGAAGAAAAAAAAGAGGAAAAGAGGUGUUGAGGACGAUGAGGCCAUUGAGCAGUUACAGUCCAGCGCUGUUUUCGAACCUCCAAACGAUGAGGCUGAAGCCUCUCAAGAAACAUUAGAAGCCAGUAAUGAAAAGAAAAGAAAAAAGGACAAGAAGAAGCUACAGUCAGUUUCUCAUGAUGAAGCUCAGGUUGGAGCAGAAGGUGGUGUAGAUCUGAGCUCGUCCAAUGAUGUAAGCGUGGAAGGAAGUACAGGACAGUCAGUGAAAACAAAGAAGAAGAAUAAAAAGAGCAAAAGAGGUGUUGAGGACGAUGAGGGCGUCGGGCAGUUACAGCCCAGCGCCGUGUCCGAGCUUCUAAAUGAUGAGGCUGAGACACAAAGGAAUAAGAAAAGAGAGAGAAAAGAAAAGAGGAUUGUAAACAUGGAGGAAUGUGAAGAAGAGGAAGCACUGAAUGCAACUUCUGAUGUACCUCAGAUACCAAAAGAACAGUCAGAGGAAACAGGAAAUUGUUUAGAAAAUACUGAGGCUAGUAAUGAAAAGCAAAGAAAAAAGCAUAAAAAGAAGCAACAGUCAGUUUCUCAUGAUGAAGCUCAGGUUGGAGCAGAAGGUGGUGUAGAUCUGAGCUCGUCCAAUGAUGUAACUAUGGAAGGAAGUUCAGGACAGUCAGUGAAGAAGAAAAAGAAGAAGAGGGAAAGUAUCUCUGAGGGGAUGGAUAAUUCUAGCACUCCUGACAAAAACAAAAUGGUUGAGAAUGCAGAUGAUUCUCAGGAAACAGAGGAGCGCCCUGACGACCAAGAUGCUGAAUGUUUGACUAAGAAAAAGAAGAAGAAGAAGAAGAAAAAGAGUGAACUAUUUAGCUCAAAUGUCUCAGAGGAGACUGUGGCACAGAGCGAUGAUUCAGUGUCUGUGCAGAAAAAGGGAAAGAACAGGACCUCUUCCUUCCUUGUUGCUGACGCGGAGGAAAAAGAUGCUCAAACACACAAAGAACAAACCUGUCCUCGUUCACAAUCUGUAGCCAUGCACGUCUCGGCAGAAAAGCCCGGUGUCAGCGCCGGCAACUUAGAAGCCGACUCGGCAGAAAUCGCUGGAAAUUUGGAGGCAUCUGAUGACGGGGUGAGAAAAAAGAAAAGGAAGAGAAAGACAUCAGUGAUGCAGGAGAGUGUGGAGAAGGAUCACGAGCAGGAUUUUGAAGAACCACGUCAGAGUGGUCUGUCUGAAACGGCUGAGGCAGGGGUGAAGGAAAAAAAGAAAAGUAAGAGAAAUGAAAGUAAGUGGGUGACCCCUGUGGAAAGGUUAGACAAUGCAUUUGAUGGCGGGCAUUCUCAAAGUGGUGAGGCUGUGGUGUUAAAAAAGAAGAAAAAGAAAAAAAAGCGUGAAGAGGAGCAGUGCCAUGUGACAGAGGAGAGUCCGGCAACUGCCACUGAUGAUGCUGAAUCAGAAGCAGCUGCACUGAAAACCUGUAGCUCAGUCUCACACAAGAAAAAAGCGACCAAGGAAACACUGAACGUGGCUGAAAGUGCCUCACAAUCUUCAGAGACGGCUGGAAUUCUAGUAUUAACUGAUAUGAGAGACAAGAAGAAAAACAAGAAAAAAAUAAAAGCAACUGGUAAUGUUUUGCUGGACGGGGCUGAAUCUGCAGAAAUUGAGACCUCUAUAACCAAAAAGAAGGAAAUGAAGGAGAGAAAUAAGCCAAUAACUGUUCCCAGCCUGACAUCCAGCAGCCCUGUGUCCUCAGACACCUCCCUCAGUAUCAAGAAAAAGAAGCAAAUAAAAAAGAGGAGGCUUCACAAUACAAAUGAGGACUUCCUCUCAGACUGUUAGUAUGAACUUCCUGAGUUUGACCAGCAAAGACGCAAUCGCAAAAAAUAACUGUUGCAGCUGCAGCUAUCAUGAAGCUGCCAAUGUUUUUAAACUGACAGUGUUAUAGUUGCAAGUCUACAUGUGACUGUUAAGUUGUGAGACCUUCACAGUUGCUUUGUUUAUGUAUUUUGUUUUGUAUCAAAGCAUUUUGUACUAACACAGCUCUCAGCCUUUUUGGAGUUGAGAUGAACUCUGGAGAAAUAACAACAGGCCCAACCAUCAGAAAUUUUAUUUUAUUUUUACUUACAAAAUAAAAACUAGGUGGAGGAAAAUUUGUCCAAAUCUUGUACAUUAAAUAAUUGUUAUCCA